AAGUAGUCACGAGUUCAGUGGUUCAGUCGAUCAGAAUCAUUCCGGCGACUCAGUUACGUUUCACAAAAAUUUUUAUUAGCAUUCGGGGUGUCCGGGAGGAUUAAAAUUUUGUGAAUAAUUGUUAACAAUCAAUUAACAACAAUCAUGGAUCCGGAGGCGUUCUUAGAUAUUGCUAACCAAGUAAUCAAAUUAAAAAUGUUCCCUUAUUUUGAUAUUGCACAUUGUGUACUAUGUGCUUUAUCGGUUAGGGAAGAUCUCGGUUCUGGAGCCCAAACAUUCUCCCGGAAACACCCGUUGGCUUGUUGGCUUUCUUAUUUAUUAGUAGUAUUUGCCGGUGGUAUGGUUUGCAAUGGAUUACUUGGGGAACCAAUUUUAGCACCACUUAAGAAUACUCCACAAUUAGUAAUUGCAACUCUUGUUUGGUACGUUAUUUUCUACAUGCCUUUUGAUAUCGGAUAUAAAGUUGCUAAAUUCUUACCAAUUAAGAUUGUAUGCUCUGCAAUGAAAGAAAUUUACCGAUGUAAAAAGGUUUAUGAUGGUGUUACACACGCAGGAAAAAUUUAUCCUAAUGCAUACGUCAUAAUGAUUUUAAUUGGUACUCUUAAAGGAAAUGGAGCUGGUUUUACAAAAUUGUUUGAAAGAUUAAUAAGAGGAGUAUGGACGCCAACAGCUAUGGAAUUCAUGCAACCAUCUUUCUAUACCAAAGCAUCUUUAGUUGCAUCAAUCAUUUUCGUUUUGGAUAAGAAAACAGAUUUAAUAUCAGCCCCACAUGCUUUAGUAUACUUUGGAAUCGUCAUAUUCUUUGUAUAUUUCAAAUUAUCAUCAAUAUUAUUGGGUAUACAUGAUCCAUUCGUUCCAUUUGAGAAUUUGGCCUGUGCAUUAUUCUUUGGUGGAAUUUGGGAUUCAUUGGCAAGAAUUUUGGGACGUGGACAACCUAAAGAAGAAUCAAAAGACGUUAAAAAGAAUAAUUAAGUAUGCAAGUUUGAGAAUAUUGAGUACCAAUUUUGUGCAAUAAUAACAUUUAAGUAUUUUUCAUUUGUUUUUCGUUUAUUAUAAAUAAUUAUCUUUUACACAAAUGUGACAACUACUUCGUAGGCUAAGAGCGAUCACAAUGAUGAUCAUUUAACACAAACAUCACAAUAUGUUUUUUUUUUUUUUAAAGAAAUUGAACACUUAGAAAGUAGAAAUUUAUAUUAAUUAUUAUUUUUUGGUGGACAUAUCAAAGCUAUAUUCAUAAAAUAAGCUUACUGAGGUUCAUACUGCUCGGUUAAGGAGGUAUUCUGGUCCGGAAGCCUCAAUUGUAGGCACCUUUCAAACUAAGAUUAUAAGAAAAUGGAAAACAUUUAUGUAGCUAUUUUUUCAUAUAAAAUUUAUUGACAUUUUAAAAUACAAAAUAAACAUUGUAAAAAAAAAAAACUAAAAAUUCUUUGAAUUACAGACCGUUGAAGUGGGGGCUACAAAAAAUCACGGUACCUUGGUUGACACAAUUCCAGCCCUUGUAAUAAUCUGAAUAAUAAAAAUUUGAAAAAUUCUUAAUUAAUAAAGAUAUCGUUAUCGUAUGAACCUCGGUCAAACAUUACGGUUACUCGGUCAAAUAAACGGUUAUUAAAAAAUCGAUUUCUUCAAAUUUCUAGACCAGAAUACUGCCUUAAGAUACAAUAAUUUAAUUUAUUUUUAACUGUUCAAUUUUUUUAAGAAUAUUUUAUGUAUUAAUGAUCUAUGCGUAAAAAUGCUUUUCUAGUCAAGUUAAAUAAGAAGGAAUCGUAUUUUAUUUACAUGCUGCAGUAUUUACAAAAUUACAUUAGGGAUCAUGCAAAAUAGGUACAGAAUGUCUAGCUAGAAGUCUUCAUUGAAGCUACCGGAUAAUUUCAAAUUUCAAAAAAUAUUACAAGGUCUAGAUGGUUUGAUGGAUGAUACUACCGACUUGGUUUUGGUUUUUUAGCCAAUAAAAAAAAAAUCCGCGUUUUCUAAUAGACAAUAAAUAGUACCUUUUGAUUUCUUUUUGUAGGUUUUCGGAUUUUCUCACUAGCUAGAUAUUCUGAUGCAUAUCUUACUGUAUUAAGUUUUUUAUUUUAAUUUAUAAGUAUCGUUGUUGUUAAGGAUUCUCUAGUCGAAAAAUCGAAAAAGACAUGUUAACCUUUUACUAAAUUUUGGUUAAUCAAUUCUAACUAGAAAAUCCUUAAAUUAUUAGCGUUUACUGCAUGCAUCCUAAAUAAUAUUAUAAUGCAAAAAUUGUACAAAAUUUAAAAAUACAACAUACAAAUACAUUUAGCCUUUUUCUUCUGAGUAUUAAAGAAAGGUCCGCAAGAUGGCAGCACUAGGGUUGGGUAUAUAUAUGAGCCGUUGACGAUUCCAUGACAGAAUUCAAAUCCUCUUCAACACUUGUCUGCUUCUUUUACGAUCUUUAGGAAUCUAAGAAAAUAUAUUCAAUUAACUCAAUGUAUUUAAUGUUGAAGAAGGUUUAAGGUCAUACGGUAACGGAAAAGGCUUUUAAAUGUACCUCAACUCCCAGUGCUGCCACCUAGUGAAUCCUUUUUUAAUCUUCAGAGGAAAAAGGCUAAUUUAAAUAAAGUACCACUUAAAAGUGCCAAUAACGAAAUCUUUUCGUUUACAUCAUAUUAUUGGAAUUUUCUUUUUUUAUAAUUAUUCAUUUUGGAUAAAUUUAUAAUCC